GAUCAAAAUUAUUCAGACUAAAGCGUCUCUGAGACUUGGACUACAUUGCAAGAUGGCGGACGACGAACAUGAUGCCGACGGAUUUGACGAUUUAGAUGAUGAUAUAGAUGAAGAGCCAUUAGAUGAACCAAUAGAUGGAGAGGAUCAAGAUAAUAUAGAGAUUAUUCCAGCAUCAAAUCUACCACAAUCUAUUGAACGUCAUAAAAGAAUUACUACACCUUACAUGACAAAAUAUGAAAGGGCCAGAGUACUGGGUACUAGAGCAUUGCAAAUAGCAAUGUGUGCUCCUGUCAUGGUUGAAUUGGAAGGAGAAACAGAUCCUCUACAGAUAGCAAUGAAAGAAUUAAAAGCUAGGAAAGUACCCAUUAUAAUCAGAAGAUAUUUACCAGAUGGCAGUUAUGAAGACUGGGGUGUAGAUGAACUUAUUAUUCUAGAGUAGAAGAAUUAUGUGCAAUGUAGCAAGACUAAAUAUUUGUUAAUUUUGUAUACCUUUUUUAAUAUGAAGAUUUGACAGUACCUUUUAUUUUACAUUGUCAUUGUGUAAAUAAACUCAUAUCAUGAGA